UCGAUUCCACUGUUAACAGUGACAAGCUGGUAAACACCUCUCUUCCCAAAACCAGAAAAAAAAAAUUCUAUUUUUUUCUUCCAAAUUUUGAUCUUAAGAAUGAAUUUGAGUAUCAACAAGCAGCUACAGAUCCACUGUCCACAGUUCUUGGAGCUCCACUCUCAAAAUCUCUCUGGUACACGAAAACUCCAGCACCCAAUUUGGCCGCGAAAUCGCUCACCACCCUCGUCGCCAACUCUGUCUUUCUCGCGGUCUCUGGGGUUUCCAUUUCGCUCUGCCUUGGAUUUCCCACAUUGGAGUACAAGGCUGUUGGUCAGCAGCUGUGUACCUGAUAAGUUUUCCGAUACUCCGGAACCGGUUCCGGGCCCAAAUGGUGAAUCCGGGUCAGCUCAGGUGCCUAAGCAAAAGGACUCUUCUAUAGUGAAAAUAUUGAGGGAAUCAAAUUCCCUUUUGCCUCAUGUAGUCCUUGGUAGUACGCUGUUGGCUCUUGUCUACCCACCUUCUUUUACAUGGUUUACCACCAGGUACUAUGCACCGGCAUUGGGGUUUUUAAUGUUCGCAGUUGGGGUCAAUUCCAGAGAAAAUGAUUUCCUUGAAGCAUUCAAGAGACCAGCAGCUAUUUUUGCUGGUUAUGUUGGCCAAUUUGUUGUGAAGCCUCUUCUUGGAUAUCUUUUUGGCACAAUCUCAGCUACACUAUGUGGUCUACCACCUUCCAUAGGUGCUGGGAUUAUGUUGGUAUCUUGUGUUAGUGGGGCCCAGCUCUCAAACUACGCUACUUUUCUCACAGACCCACUAAUGGCCCCUCUAAGCAUUAUCAUGACAUCAUUGUCUACUGCUACUGCAGUAUUCAUCACACCAAUGUUAUCACUCUUGCUCAUUGGAAAGAGAUUGCCUGUUGAUGUGAAAGGAAUGAUGUCUAGCAUUACGCAGAUCGUAGUUGUGCCCAUUGCUGCAGGCUUGCUAUUGAAUCGGUUCUUUCCCCUGAUCUGUGAUGCUAUUCGGCCAAUUUUGCCUCCACUAUCAGUCUUGGUAACAGCUCUCUGUGUUGGAGCACCACUUGCCCUUAACAUUGAUUCUGUUUUAUCUCCUUUUGGAGUGACAAUUUUGUUGCUCGUUAUUGCAUUUCAUUUUUCUGCAUUUGUAGCUGGUUAUUUCUUUUCUGGUCUAGUCUUCCAUAAGGCAACAGAUGUGAAAGCUCUGCAAAGAACACUAUCCUAUGAGACAGGAAUGCAAAGUAGUCUUCUUGCCCUUGCACUUGCAAAUAGGUUCUUCCAAGAUCCACUUGUGGGUGUGCCUCCAGCAAUCUCAACUGUAAUAAUGUCUUUGAUGGGCUUCACUCUUGUAAUCGUUUGGGCUAAGAGGAAAGAAUAAGUAUGAUUUGAAACAGCACUACAAGUCUUGAUAUGCUGUGACUUUGUCCAUCCAUCAUAUCUUGAGGUGAAUGGGCAAUGCAGAAGAUGUCAUUGACCACUUGAAGAUGGGACCUUCAGGUUGCCGUUUUAGGUGUCAUUCUUACAUCAUCUCUUGUAAAGAAUGAGUGGCUUCCUUUCGUGUCAAUUUUUCCUUCAAAGAUGAUAUAAAAAGUUGCAUAUUUAAGAGGAUCUUGGAAGGAAUCGGUUGUGGCAAAUAUAAAAAGCCUCUGCCACUGCU